AGGAACGAACGAACGAACAAACGCGUACCUAGUGUUUCUUUAUAGUUUGCUUUGUGGUCACAAAUUAUAAAGAAGAGGUGAUAUGAUAGUGUGUGAUUUGAGGCAACAAGGAUUUGAAGAAUAAUAUAAAACUAUGGCUUGGACGGGGUAUCAAAAGUUUCUUGCAAUAAUGAUGGUUAUUACAGGCUCAAUUAACACUCUGAGCACUAAGUGGGCUGAUAAAUUGGAGUCAAAAGGAUCUAAUGGAGAAAUCAGAGCUUUUAAUCAUCCAUUUCUUCAGGCAGCGACAAUGUUCUUAGGGGAAAUAAUGUGCUUAGUGACUUUUAAGAUGGUGUAUUUUAAAACAAGAAAUACGGGCGGACAUAGUUUGACACAUGGCAACCAGAAUUUUAAUCCUUUUAUAUUAAUGCCGGCUGCAAUGUUUGACUUGAUUGGUACGUCAAUCAUGUAUAUAGGCCUUACUCUCACUUAUGCAAGCAGUUUCCAAAUGUUUAGAGGAUCCAUCAUCCUUUUUGUUGCAGUGUUCUCUAUGACAUUUUUAAAUCGACAAAUAAUUACUAGAGAGUGGGCUGGAAUAAUUGGAGUGCUUUUGGGUCUUGUAAUAGUUGGAGCUACGGAUGCCAUAUACCAAUCUCCAGGCGAGGCUAAAGGAAGGAACAGCCUUAUAACUGGCGAUAUGUUAAUCAUUGUAGCCCAGGUUGUUUCUGCUUGCCAAAUGGUAUAUGAAGAAAAAUAUGUUGCAGGCUUAAACAUCCCAUCAAUGCAAGCAGUUGGCUGGGAGGGAAUAUUUGGUUUCUCCGUUCUUUCACUACUGCUGGUGAUAUUUUACUGGGUACCUGCACCGAGCCACUUCGGAAAUAAUCCCCGAGGCACUGUGGAAGACGCGAUUGAUGGCUUAAUACAAAUUGGCAACAAUCCACUUCUACUCAUGGCAGUGAUAGGAACAAUAAUAUCUAUUGCUUUCUUUAACUUCGCUGGAAUAAGUGUUACCAAAGAAAUGUCGGCGACUACAAGAAUGGUGCUAGAUUCUAUAAGAACGUUCGUCAUUUGGAUGGUAUCACUGGCGGUUGGUUGGCAAGCAUUCCACUGGCAACACCUCGUAGGCUUCGCGAUACUAAUUUUAGGCAUGUUUAAAUAUAACGGUGCGUUGCCAGAAUGCUGGCCCCUUCGUGGAAAUAAUGCAACUGUUCCUGUACCACAAGAGGAACCGGGUGUGGUGAAUGCUGAAGCAGAUAGAAUGGAGCAAGAAGCAUGAAGGAAAUGCGUCUACUUCCAAUUGUCAACAGUCUUACUCUUCAAAACUAGCUGUUCCUGAUUAUCCAGCUUACUACUGCCAGAAUGCAUUCCAUGCCCAGCAAGUAAAUGAUCAAAUUUUGGACUGUUAUCCUCGAGAUCAUAUUUUCUGUAAACCAAAACCACAAACUCCCAUAUUACCCAUGCGUGUGGACUUAAACUGGGAUAACUGGUCUGGAGAAAAUUUUGAUUGUUACUAUAUUAAACAAGAUCACCUGGAUUUCAAUGUCUGUUGUGAAAAUGGUGAACCUCAAAGUUGGUUAGAUACGAGUAUCAAGAAAAAUAGGAAUUAUGUGCCAGGAAGAGACCAGGUGUCACCAAAAGAUUGGUCUCCUGCCAGAAAAGCGCUAAAUUGCGGUGACAAUACUACAAACGCCUUCUGCACUGCCGAACACAUGCGCAGAAGUGACAACUCAUGGUUGCCAGACGACGAAGAUCCCCGAAGAAUUAAAGAAAUUGUGUAUGAUAACGCUGAGGACGAGUGGGACGCUAAAAGCAUAGUGUCAGUUGACAGUUGGGAAGAGUUUGUUCGUGGCGCUACCGUCGUUCCACACUCCUCAGAAAUCGAGUUAAAUGUAUCAAAUGUGUUAAGCGAUGUCGAAUUAGACGAAAAUUCACUGGCGUAUUUGUCGUCCGAACGAUUCAGUGCGGAGAUACAGACCCACGCCCGUGCUUUGCGGCAGCUACUGCACGAGGAUAGUCAGCGCCAGCGCAUGUACUCAAGAGGCCUCCUUGAGAUCAUUCCACGCGCCGAAACUGCUUUCAACAGCUACGACGAAUACCUUUCACGCGAUAUUAAUCCUUCGGAACUUUACACACCUUCUAACUGUAAGACACUGCGUCAUGAAAAAGCCUCCACUACUGAAGACUUACAUGCGGCAGGAUCGUAUAAAAAUGUAGACUUAGGAGUAGGAAAAGGCAGAGGAAGGUUACAUGUGGCCCAAAUAAACGAUAGCCGCAAAGGUGUUAUAGGGAUAGGGAGGGGAAGGCCAUUUAGAUUAUAGGAACUUUUAUAUUAUUUAUUACGUAGUGUAAAAGAGAUUUCUUGUUUUUGUUGCAACGAAAAUAAGACUGUUGUAGAGGAGGUUGUGCAACAUGAAGAGAAACAUUUUUUUUGCAUAUUUUUUGUUAUUAGUUAUUUGUUAUACAUUAUUGUUACAUUUUUUUAAAAUUUAAAUUAAGAUAAUACUCGUAUAUAAUAUCUGUGUCCUGAUAUAUUAUAUGAUGUUAAGAUAAAUUACAACAAAUAACUUGAAAAACUUGUUUGCUUGCUAGCAUGCUAACACACAAUAUAUGAAAAAAAAAACAUUCGAUAUUUAUGACCUAUGAAACAAGAUCCUAAAGUAAUUUCUUGAUUGUGUUAAAUGCAUGCCAUCCAUAAACUGCCUAUAUAUAUAUUAUUUCGUUGAUAUAGUGUUUAUAAAAAAUGUAAUUAAGUUAUAAGUGAUAAACCAUUUAAGUAGGCUCCAUAUUAUACCUGAUUUCAAACUAAGCCUGUGUAUCACCGCACUUUCAAUUAUGAAACAUAUAUCCAAUUUUUAUAUUUAAAAGAGUACAUAAGGUAAUAAAUCACCUGAGCCGUGGUAGCUCAGAUGGUUAUCGCUCACUGUAAAUUUCACAGUACGCGAGCAGCCAGGGUUCUGAUCCCCGCCGGCACCAAUGAGAUUGUUAUUUGCAAUUUUAAGUCCUGUUUUGCCACGUGCUCGGCGGUGAAGGAAAAACAUCGUGAGGAAACCUGCAUGUCUCAGAAAUAAGAAAAAAACACUGGAAGACAUGUGAAGUUCGCCAACAGGCAUUUGGGGCGGCGCUGCCGACACUUCCUUGCCCUAAAACCGUCUCAGAAUGAGGGGAGCCUAGCAGUGGGUCGUAUAUAGGCUUUAACUUUUAUAAGGUAAUGAGAGUAAUUCUGACUCUCAAGUAAAGAGGUCUCAGAGAGCGAAUUAUACAUCCAAAAUGUAGGUUAUAAAUAAUAAAUAUAAUAGUAGGAUAAAGUUUAAAGUUAAAUGCUUUUGUGUUAAUACGUUGCGAUAUUAUUCUACGUAGAGAUUUAUUUACUCGUAUAUUAUAUGAUUGUGAAUUACAUCUUCCGUGUCUAAGGAAAAUGUAUUUUGUUAUUUUAUUUGCCCGUAUAUUUUUUGUAUGAUGCAAAAUAAAACACUCAAAUUAUACAAUA